AAAAACAAAGAAAAAAAAAAAAAUGCUUAAUAAAGAAUAAAAUUUCUUUACAGUAAAGGACGUAGCAGCCGCUUAAUUUAUUAGAGAAUACGCUGAUCACUUAAAAAAAGCAAACAAACUUAAAGUUCCCGCUUGGACUGAAUGGACCUAAACAUCAACUGCUAACGAAUUAGCCCCAACUGAUCCUGAUUGGGUAUACUUAAGAGUUGCUGCUGUAGCUCGUAAAAUAUAUUUAAAACCUCACACAGGAGUAUCUACAUUAAGACAUAUUUUCGGAUCUGUUAAAAGAAGAGGUUGCUUAAGAAAUGUUCAUGAACAUUGCCAUGGAAAAUUAGUAAGAUGGUCUUUAUAAUAAUUAGAAGAAUUGAAAAUUCUUAGAAAGGAUAAGACAUCAGCCUUGAAGAAAUUUUCAAGAGUUAUCACCAAAGAAGGAAUGACUGAAUUGAAUAGAAUUGCAACUUAAAUUGCAUUAAAAAAUAGAGAAAAACAAUAAUUAUAAUGAAGAAAUAAUUCUUUUAAUUUUUUAUUUUUAGGGUAAAAUUAUUUCUAUUAAUAUAAUUAUAGCUAUAUAAAUUGAUAUCAGGAAAAAAUACAUAUAACUGUUCAUGUUUACCUUUUUUAUAUGCAUUUUUAUAUUUAUUUAAAUUUACAUUAUUUUUCUU